AUGCCGACCGCUCCACGCAUGCCACGCUGGGUUCCGGCGCUGCGCAACAGGCGCGCUGUGCCGGCCCGCCAGAUGCACUCGUCCGCCGUCCCACCCUCCCAGCCGCCGUCUUCAUCGUCCCCGCUCGCGCCCCGGUUCAGGAAGCGCGACAUCAUCCUGCGCGGGCCGCAGCUGCUCAUGCGUGGUCCAGGAUUGCUUCUCCGUGCGCCCAAGGUCGUCUGGCGGGCCCCGGCGGUCGCGAGGGCGGGCACCAGGCGCUUGUUGUCGUCGACGAGGAUGAGGUCGCGCGAGCAGAGGCCGGUAUCGGAGGGAAUCGAGCAGCCGGAGCAGCCAGUCGCAGGGCCUUCGAAGGGUGCAGAACAGGGCUCGCAGGGAGAAGGACCGCGCGAGUCGUUCGCCUCUCGCCUGCGUAAGCGCUGGCAGUCGACACCCACGAAAUGGUCUCCGAUUCCCGUCUCGCUCGGCGCUGCCGUCCUCGUCGUCAUCACCCUCUACAAGCAGGCAUCGGAGAAGGGCAAGGAGCCGCUGCCUGACGGUGCUGUCAAGGUCCAAGGUCCCUGGCAGGUUCAUGUCAUCGGCGCUCUCCCUCUCCGCUCCAUCUCGCGUCUCUACGGCCUCGUCAACUCGUACGAACUCCCUGUCUGGUUCCGCGUUCCCGGCUACAAGUUCUAUUCGUGGGUCUUUGGCGUCAACCUCGACGAGUGUGAUCCGUCCGACUUGCGCGAGUACCGGUCCAUGAGCGAGUUCUUCAUGCGGAGACUCAAGCCAGGCGUACGACCGAUCGCGGACGCGCCUCUAGUCUCGCCGGCGGACGGACGUGUCAUCAAUUUCGGCGUCAUCGAAGGCGGCCAGAUUGCUUCGAUCAAGGGCGCAACCUACUCGCUCCAGGCGCUGCUGCAGGGCGCGGGAGAGGCGGGCACCGUCGAAGGACCGCACGGUCUUCCCGAGCACCCGCACAACGCCGAGGCCAUCUCGCUCGACGAGAAGGAGUUUGCGAACGUCAACGGCAUCUCAUACUCGCUCGGUGACCUCGUCGGCGACACGGGCGACGGCUUCAGGGACGCCAAGAACGUCAAGGACGCCUCGAUGAGCAAUGACGAGCAAAACCGCCAGCGCGAUGGGCCGAAGCGCAGUUUGAGCGGCGACGUUGCUGUCGCGACCGAGAUCGCCAAGGCCGCCUUCGAACCUCGCGACGGCAACAAGCUCUUCUUCUCCGUCAUCUACCUCGCGCCCGGCGAUUACCAUCGCUACCACAGCCCGACGAGCUGGGUCGUCGAGCGGCGCCGUCACUUUGCCGGCGAACUCUUCUCCGUCUCGCCCUGGAUGGUUGGCAAGCUGGCGGACCUCUUCGUCCUCAACGAGCGCGUCGCCCUCCUCGGUCGCUGGCGCUACGGCUUCUUCUCGAUGACGCCGGUUGGCGCCACGAACGUCGGCUCCAUCCGUGUCAACUUUGACGAGUCCCUCCGCACCAACUCGCCCCUCCGCCCCGUCACACCCGGUACAUUCAGCGAAGCAACGUACGCCAACGCAAGCGAGUUACUCGGUGGACAGCCCUUGCGGGCGGGCGACGAAAUCGGCGGGUUCUGGUUGGGGUCGACUAUCGUGCUCGUUUUCGAGGCUCCGCCCAGCUUUGAGUUCGAGAUUUCGAACGGGCAGAAGCUUAAGGUCGGAGAGGCGAUCGGGAGGAUUCGUCAGUAG